AUGAAUAGCUCCUGCGGCAAGUGCAACGGUCCCGAUACCGAAGACAUGGUGGCCUGCGAUACAUGCGAAGUAUGGUACCACCUGGAAUGCGUAAAUGAAUCACCGGGAGUGGCGAACAGACAAUUCAUUUGCCCCAAGUGCAACAGUAGAAAGGAGAAAAAGGGCAAAAAGGGGAAGGCAGAUGCCAACGCGCCCAAGCAACCCGAAAAAUCCCAACCACUGAAACGUCCUACGUCAACCGAGCCCGAUGAUAAUACAAACCAGGUAAUGCCAGAUUCGAACGUUGCGGGAACCCAGAUACCGUAUACAACCGAGAUUCAAUCAAGUAAUCAGGAGAAGACAUCAACUACCGGUGCAGGUGGGUCGGUGGAUCCUGGUAAAUCCGAGAGCGAAGCGUCGUCAGGAAUACGCAUGCAGGAAGUGCUGCGUCGACUAGAGGAAGAAAUGUUGGAGAAAGAAAGGAUGCUGGAAGAAGAAAGGAUAAUUAAGGAGAAGCAGCUAGAAUGGGAAGCGAAACUGCACCGAAAGAGGAUGGAGCAAGAACGUGCAUUGCGGCAGAAAACGUUGAAUCAGCAGCGAGAAAUGUAUCGAAUGCAGUUACAAGAGGAUGCACAUUUCCAUCGACAGCAGGAACAAUUGCUAGAGGAUUUCCAAGCGCAAAAGGCUCAGUCCGGUAACCGAACGAAGGUAGCUGAUAAGGCUGAUGAUGACGUAGAUCAGGCAGCCAACAGAUCCGUUCACUACCCCGCACCCGAGCUACCAGAUACACCAAAACGUAAUCCCAAAUCGAUGAUUCCUAUCGUCAAACACCGUAACGCAAACGUGGAGCACCAUACCGUGCCGAUGGAAGCAGCUGAACAGCACGAAUUUGAGGACGAGGAUGACAGCGGUGAUGAUUGUAGUGUUUUAUCCCACGGAUCGGGGCUCAAACCGGGGCCAUCAAGAUCCCAAUUAGCUGCAAGGCAGGUACUGAGCAAGAAGCUGCCUAUCUUCAGCGGAAAAGUUGAAGAGUGGCCCCUGUUCUAUAGUAGUUUUGUCAAUUCAACGGAGGCAUGCGGCUUCACCGAGGUGGAGAAUUUAGUUCGUCUUCAAGAAUGCCUCAAAGGACCCGCUUUGGAGUCGGUACGAAGCCGAUUGCUGUUGCCGAAAGCCGUCCCCCAAGUGAUUGCGACGUUGCGUAUGCUCUAUGGACGCCCGGAACAAUUGAUCCAUACACUGUUGAACAAGGUGAGGAAGACGGAUCCACCAAAGAUUGAUCGCCUCGAGACUUUUAUUCCAUUUGGGAUGGCGGUACAGGAGCUCUGCGAUCAUCUUGACGCAGCAGAACUUCAUGAUCACUUGGUCAACCCGGUUUUGAUUCAAGAACUGGUCGACAAAUUGCCGGCUGCGACGAAACGAGAAUGGGUGCAUUACAAAAGAAAUGCUUUCAACGUCACCUUGCGCACAUUCGCUGAUUUUGCGUCUUCCAUUGUGUCAGAAGCGAGCGAGGUGACAUUAGCUGUAGAUCUACGACCAUCAACCAGGACGGACAAGUUGAGGACAAAGGAUAAAGGCUUCAUCCAUACACAUAGUGGUGGUUCAGCCGCUGCCGCUCCGCCAGUGAAUCCUUGCCGAAUAUGCAAAAUUACUGGUCAUCGCAUACGGAACUGCGAAGAAUUUCGACGUCUGAAUAUCAGUGAACGAUUGAAACAAAUGGAACGCUGGAAACUUUGCGAGCGAUGUCUAAACGAGCACACAGGAUGGUGUCGUUUCAAAAUUACGUGCAACGUUGGAGGUUGUCGGCAGCCUCAUCAUCCGCUGGUACACCGUGAGAUUCCUGUCACGCAGGGUCAACUACAUUUGCAUUUAGAUGGGAAGCUGCCGGUGAUAUUCCGAAUCGUACCAAUCACAUUAUUCCACGGACAGAAAUCAGUUUCUACUUUCGCAUAUCUCGACGAAGGCUCCGAGAUGACACUUGUGGAAGAAAGUAUAGUACGAAAUCUUGGAGUUCGCGGAGUUGCCCAACCUUUGACGCUACAAUGGACAGGGAAUAUUAAGCGCCGUGAGUCAGCUUCGGAACGCUUGUCUCUCGAGGUGGAGUCAGAAGACGGAAUUCAUCACGAUCUGAAGGAUGCCCAUACAGUGAAGAAGCUAUACCUACCCAGGCAGAGCGUGGAUUUUCGGGAAAUCUCCAACCAAUAUCCACAUCUUCGAGGAUUGAACGUCGCGAAUCACUUUGGAGAAGAACCUAAAAUCUUGAUUGGUCUGAACAAUGCGUUUUUGCUAGCUCCAUUGGAAUCCAGAGUUGGCAAUCCCAAUCAACCAAUUGCAGUUCGUUCUCACUUGGGUUGGACGAUAUACGGACCAAGAGACACAGCGGUGGCAACUGGUUUUCUCGGUCUUCACAAGGGACUCACUAAUCAAAAAUUACAUGAGAUGAUGCGGGAAUUCUUUUUGAGUGAAGAACCAAGGCCAACAGUAACUUCAGUUCCAGAGUCGGUAGCAGAUCAAAGGGCACGUUAUUUGCUAGAGUCAACAACAUCUAAAGUGGCCGAAACUAGGUAUGAAACCGGCCUCUUAUGGAAGGAAGAUGAAGUGAACUUGCCGGAUAGUUAUCAAAUGGCCUAUCGGCGGCUCCAAGGGUUAGAGCGACGUUUUCUGAAGCAACCGGAUCUUUACGAAAAAGUGAAGCAGAAGAUCGACGAAUAUCAAUCGAAGCACUACGCACACAAAACGACUCCUGAAGAGCUGGCAUCGGCUUCACCUGGUAAAGUAUGGUAUCUACCCUUGAACGUUGUGAGUAACCCCAAAAAACCAGGAAAAAUACGGCUUGUGUUCGAUGCGGCGGCUCAGGUUAACGGCGUUUCGUUGAAUUCUUUGCUGCUUGCCGGUCCUGAUCUACUCACGCCCCUCGAUGCGGUGGUGCAGAAAUUUCGCGAACGACCAAUAGCUUUCGUGGCUGAUAUAAGAGAAAUGUAUCAUCAGUUUAUGAUGAAACCGGAAGACAAACAUGUGCUGCGAUUUCUCUUCCGCACUAAUCCAUCGCAGGAUCCGGAGAUAUACAUGAUGGAUGUGGCCAUUUUUGGUUCGGCAUGCUCCCCAGCAUCAGCACAAUAUAUUAAAAACCUCAAUGCUUCCAAAUACUCCGAAAAUUUUCCAGAGGCUGCAACCGCUAUUGUUCGUAAACAUUAUGUAGACGACUAUCUGGAUUGCGCAGAUACUACAGAUGAAGCGAUUGAACGUGCGCAACAGGUUCGGUAUAUUCACAGUCAGGCUGGUUUAGAAAUCCGUAACUGGGUUUCAAACUCAUCAACAUUCCUAGAAGCAAUGGGUGAAUCAGCUAAAAUUAACGACAUACCAUUGACCAGCGUCAGAGAAGGGGCUCAGGAACGAGUGUUAGGAAUCAUUUGGCAGCCUUGCGAUGACGUGUUCACGUUCUCGACCCAAUUACGCGAUGAUUUGAUGGCAUACCUGACCUCUGACAUUCGGCCUACCAAGCGAAUCAUUCUAAGUUGCAUAAUGAGUCUAUUUGACCCCCUUGGACUGUUAGCACCUUUCACCGUGCAUGGAAAAGGCUUAGUUCAAGACACAUGGCGCUCUGGGUGCGAAUGGGACGAACCAGUGAACGAGGAUUGCAACGCAAAGUGGAACCGAUUGAAAGCUGUAUUUCCACUCAUCAACAAGGUCGAAAUUCCCAGGUGUUACCUUCGCGGAGCUCCACCGUCUGCUUAA